ACAAGAUGGCGGCCGGUGGGGCCGGUCCGGCCGACAGCCGCCCGCUGCCGUACGCGCUGCACAAGUGGAGCUCCUUCUCCUCCACCUACCUGCCCGAGAAUAUUUUAGUGGAUAAGCCAAAUGACCAGUCUUCACGGUGGUCUUCAGAGAGCAACUACCCACCUCAGUACCUGAUUCUGAAGCUUGAAAGGCCUGCUAUAGUUCAGAGUAUCACAUUUGGAAAAUAUGAGAAGACCCAUGUCUGCAAUUUGAAGAAGUUUAAAGUCUUCGGUGGAAUGAACGAAGAAAACAUGACAGAGUUGUUAUCCAGUGGCUUGAAGAAUGAUUAUAACAAGGAAACGUUCACCUUGAAGCAUAAAAUUGAUGAGCAGAUGUUCCCCUGUCGAUUCAUUAAGAUAGUUCCACUUUUGUCCUGGGGACCCAGCUUUAACUUUAGCAUCUGGUAUGUUGAAUUAAAUGGCAUCGAUGAGCCUGAUGUGGUGCAACCGUGUCUCAACUGGUACAGCAAGUACCGUGAACAGGAAGCCAUUCGCCUUUGUCUGAAACAUUUUCGCCAACACAACUACACAGAGGCUUUUGAGUCCCUGCAGAAGAAAACCAAGAUUGCAUUAGAACAUCCAAUGUUGACUGAUUUGCAUGACAAACUUGUCUUGAAGGGGGACUUUGAUGCCUGUGAGGAGUUGAUUGAAAAAGCUGUCAACGAUGGUUUGUUUAAUCAGUACAUCAGCCAGCAGGAAUACAAGCCUCGAUGGAGUCAGAUCAUCCCCAAAAGCACCAAAGGUGAUGGAGAAGACAGCAGACCUGGAAUGAGGGGGGGUCACCAGAUGGUGAUCGAUGUUCAAACCGAAACAGUUUAUUUGUUUGGCGGCUGGGAUGGAACUCAAGAUCUGGCUGACUUCUGGGCAUACAGCGUGAAGGAAAACCAGUGGACUUGUAUUUCUAGAGACACUGAGAAAGAGAAUGGGCCCAGUGCUCGAUCCUGUCACAAAAUGUGCAUUGAUAUUCAGCGAAGACAGAUCUAUACGCUGGGGCGCUACCUGGACUCCUCUGUGCGGAAUAGCAAAUCUCUGAAAAGUGACUUCUACCGCUAUGAUAUUGACUCAAACACCUGGAUGUUACUAAGCGAGGACACUGCUGCCGAUGGAGGGCCCAAGCUGGUGUUUGACCAUCAGAUGUGCAUGGAUUCGGAAAAACAUAUGAUCUAUACAUUUGGAGGCAGAAUCUUGACCUGUAAUGGCAGUGUGGAUGAUAGCCGAGCCAGCGAACCACAGUUCAGUGGCCUGUUUGCAUUCAAUUGCCAGCGUCAGACGUGGAAACUUCUACGAGAGGAUUCCUGUAAUGCCGGACCUGAAGACAUCCAAUCCCGGAUAGGACACUGCAUGCUUUUCCACUCAAAAAAUCGUUGUUUAUACGUGUUUGGUGGCCAGCGAUCAAAGACUUACUUGAAUGAUUUCUUUAGCUAUGAUGUGGACAGCGAUCAUGUGGACAUCAUAUCAGAUGGCACCAAGAAGGACUCUGGGAUGGUCCCAAUGACAGGCUUCACUCAGAGAGCGACCAUUGACCCGGAACUGAAUGAGAUACACGUCCUGUCCGGACUCAGCAAGGACAAGGAGAAGCGGGAAGAGAACGUCAGGAACUCCUUCUGGAUUUAUGACAUUGUGAGGAAUAGUUGGUCUUGUGUCUACAAAAACGAUCAGGCGACAAAGGAUAAUCCAAAUAAAAGCCUUCAGGAGGAAGAACCAUGCCCAAGAUUUGCCCAUCAGCUUGUGUAUGAUGAGUUGCACAAGGUCCACUAUCUGUUCGGUGGAAAUCCAGGCAAAUCCUGCUCUCCAAAGAUGAGGUUAGAUGACUUCUGGUCCCUGAAGCUCUGUCGGCCUUCAAAGGAAUACUUGUUGAGGCACUGCAAAUACCUCAUACGGAAACACAGGUUUGAAGAGAAGGCCCAGACUGAUCCCCUCAGUGCUUUGAAAUAUUUACAAAACGACCUGUAUGUAACCGUGGAUCAUUCAGACCCUGAGGAGACAAAAGAGUUUCAGCUCCUUGCUUCAGCUCUAUUCAAGUCUGGCUCGGAUUUCACGGCCCUAGGCUUUUCAGACGUCGAUCACACCUACGCACAAAGAACUCAGCUUUUUGAUACUUUAGUAAAUUUCUUUCCAGACAGCAUGACCCCUCCCAAAGGCAACUUGGUUGACCUCAUCACACUGUAACUGAAGAGGAAUUGGACAUGGGAAAGAAGAGCAGGAGUCCGUUUUCAAUAUUUUUGUUUUCUAUUACGUUGAUUGACUGCUGGGCUGCAGUAAUACAGGAUUCUCCCACGUCCUUUGAAGGGAUCUUACACCCGCAAGUUUUACCCUCGUUUUCUCCUUUGUUUCACCCCAGAGUUCUCAACCCCACCCACCACCCCCGUUGAAUUCGGCCAAUAAAGUGGAAUUGGAAUACUUCCAAUCUAUAUAUUUAUAAUAUUUUUCUGACUCUGACUCUUAGGAAUUAACGAAUGUAAAACAAAAAUCAAUCAGGCAGUCUUUUUUUUUCUUUUCGGAGGAAAAUAAUUAUAUUUUACGGGCUCACAACAACUGAAGACAUUUGUGUGUAUUGUUGGGUUUGUUCUCCCCCGUCUCCCUCCCUCCUUUGCCUUGUAAGCAGUUGUCACCUGCUUUAUUUUCUGCCUUUAUUUGUAACCGUUGUGUAACUCUGCAGGACACCUGCUGUAUGUUAGGGUGUGCGUGUGUGUGUGUAGAUUUGACUUUUGUAGCUACCCUAUCCACUAUGAGAAAGAGCAGAGGGCUCCAAUUUCUGGUUCUUUUCUCAGAAAAAGUGAAUACAAUGGGAGUUCUUUCCAGGCACCUUGUCGAGAUUUGUUCAAAUCCCUAUCGAAUUUACUUACGUAAGUCUAUGUGACAGUAAAUCCUCCUGUCGUCACCUGGCCUCCACUCAUGGAAAGCCUCAAACUGAGAAGCCAGAGGUAGAAUUUGACCUUUCGGGGACAUUUUGAAAGAGCCACCAGGAAGGGCCCGCGGAUGUUCACGGGCAGUUCGUGUUCCUUAUGCAGAGGCCCUUCCUGAGUCACUUUCCAAAGCAGAAAGGGACACUGGCUUUCCUUCUUGUAAGGAAUAGCAGAGCUAGGUCUUCCACACUCACUAUGUCUCUGUGGCCCUUUUAUUUGGGGCCUCCAGGUUUUCCAGAGCCAGACCUGACUCCUCGUCCGUGCGCGACAGUCCCGGACACCUGCUUCUUAGUGCUGAUCCUGUUGGGGGGUAGUUCUGAGAAGCUCCGUUUGUCUUUGUGCGCCGCACCUCGGCAGUCAUUCCCUUAAGCCGGACACAUCCUUGAAACAGGAAAAGAAAGUAAAAAUCAACACCAUAGAAAUCAUUUUCUUUUGAAAAGCACACUGUAUGCUAAGUGGGCUUUGUUUUCCAAUACAUUUUUUGUUCAUUGUUGCAUGCCGGGCUUCAGAUUUGGUGCCACCCCAGUCAGUAAAAUCUGGUGCAGAAGAUCUGCUUGCAGACUUUUGUAAAGUGCAGUUUGGGCCAGAAAUUGGGAGUCUUCACUCGGCUGUGUACUUAAAAGAAGGCUCAGCAUGGGGGUGGGGUUAAAAAAAAAACUACCACAAAUACAGAACUCAAUCCCACUUCCCUCCAUUAAGCUAGCUGCUCCUGGUGGAACUGGCUCUACCCCUAAAAGAAAGAAGAAACUGAACUGGGUUUUCAGAGCCCCGUGACUCUAGGAGUUAGACUUUCGGGACCCUCUUCUCUUUCUCCGUAGUCCUUGCAUUCGGUUCUGUUGGAAAGCAGUAGAAAUAGGUUUUUCAUAGAAUUAGGAGUAGUGUUUUGGGCUAGCUGACUUAACAAAUUCCCUAAAGCGAUCAACAGAGGUUUUGUAAAUUAAGCCGUUAGAUUUACAUCUUAGCUUGUGAGCAGAUUACAUAUUUAGAUUUUGUUUAAUUAAUGGUAACAUAGGUCGUCUGCCAAGUAAGCGUAGUUCAUUAAGUACCAAAUUGUAUAUCUGCAGAAUGAUCAGCCAGCUCUGCAGUGAAGUCAGUGCAAUCUACUGAAACACUUGAGCCAUUCUCGAUCUUCUCGAGAGUGGCCGUUUGAAACGCAAGAUGCAAACUUCGCCAACCAUUUAAUUCUGUCGCAACCCACUGGAUCUUGUUAGGUUCAAAGAAGAAUGUGGAGCCGGGCUUUAAGAUGGCUAUGUUUUUACCGUGUGCUAGGCCGUUGAGAAAGUUCCUAGUAGAAAGUCGUGUUCUGCGUGUUGUGACUCUGUAUUCUGGCACUUUAGACUUUUAACCAAAUGAAACUGCAGCCCUACAUUGGUCACGCCUUCAGUGGCAUGCCCCCUCGUCACCGUAUAGCAUCGCUUCUGCUUUGUCUCAUUCAGCUAAGUUUCUCAUCCACAACCUGAACCAACUGAUUGUUUUCCCUCGAUAGCCACUUCCUACCACUACCCGGGCAACUCUGGGAAGCCCUGGGCUGCUUUGUUUGUUUUUUCGUUUUGGUUUUUUCAUUUGAGAUAGGUUUUUCCUUUUGUAGGAUUGUUUAGAAUAUUUUCUUGGAAUGUGGUUGAACCGAAAUGACCAUUUGGGGUCCAACCCCAUUAGAGCCUUUUAUGUGGAAGAGACAGAUUGGAAAUGGGAUGGAUUUAGGUGGUCAUAAUCUCAAUGGGAAAUGGAUGUCUUCUUUAUUUCCUGUACCAAGCAUGAUUCGCAUUGUGCUCUUUUUUUGAUCGGUCGAAGCUAAGUAACUCUCUGAUUUGGUCCUGGCAGAUGUGGGCAGUCAAGGGUUUUAUGUAUUUCCAAUGAAUGCUACAAGUGGCGUGAUUUAAAUGGAGAACCCAAUUAGGCAUGUAGGCGCACUGUUUAGAUUGUCUAGCAUAAAUGAGUUACUUGAAAUGUCUCAUUCUAUACCUCUGCUCUAGCGCUUCCUGCUUUGGAACACCUGGAUCGUAUCCCGCCGUGAAUGGCCCCAAACGUCGACACUGUUGUGCUGUAACCCCUGGUAGAUUUGUGGCCUUUCCCAUUCCCAAUUUCCACGUGUACGCAAGGCGAGUUAGUCUCGCUUCUUUCCCCCGUGGGGUUCUGGUACUCUGAACUGGGGUCGAGCUAGGCAUCUGUUCCCGCUCCUCUCCCGGUGACAGAACAGCAACGCCCGCGGAGCUCUCGUUUUGACGGAUACACAGAGACACCGUGUGGCGAGUGGGCUUAAUUCAAAGUUGUCAACAACUUUGGACAAACCGAAGUGGAAGAGCCUAGAGAGCAUAAGGGGACUGUAGCUUCUGAAGCUAGUCCUCCUUGUUAAUGCUGGCAGCCGGUCUUUAUUUGAAUAUUAAACCGGUCACCUUGUUGCGCUCCCUCGUCUGCUUGGCUUGUCUGUCACGUGUCCUCUCCAGCUGAUGAAAAUGGACGGAUAACAGCCUGUUUCGUUUCCAAUUAAGGAAUAGAAAUGUCAAUCAAUUUCAGAGCACAGCUUGAAUAAUUUGAACCCUUCUCGAGUUGUGUGCAUGGGUGGAAUAGGUAAAUAAUCUAUACAGUAAUAUUUCCAUUUUGAACCGAUUGUCAUUUCAGGGACUUCCCUUCCUAACAAUUUUAUAGAGCCACCCGCAGAUCAGACUGCAUUUCAGAGAAGGAGCUUUGAAGACACACGCUCGGAGCCAAAAUUAGCACAGAAAUAGGCUUGAAACUCUCAGAUCACCUUCCAUCCAGUAGUUGAUCUUGUGGUGAAUGUAAGACUGAUGCUUAGUGUGUUGAAAGGCAGUUAGUUACUCAAGAACCUGGUUUUUGACUUAGGAGCUCUAAAUCCUCCUGUGUUUACAUAGUGAUUACAUGUUGAAUUUUCCCUGUAAUUUGUGUAUCUCCACAUGGCAUCUAUAGGAUAAUUGUAGGUCAUUUAAUCGUGUGGUGAAUCAAGGCAGUUUACAUAAAAGAUGAGUGUUGUAAAACAAAAAUGUUGUCACCUCUGUAGCCAAUUGAAUAUUUUGUUCCAGUGACUCCAGUCCCCCAAGCGUCAAUCAGCUCGUAGGUUUUUCUUGACUUCUUGGUUUUACAGGGAGCCAGGAAGGAAGUGGGCAUGGAGAGACUUUGUACCAACAGCUUGAAGAGAUUGUAGUGCCUGCUCCCUUGAGAACAGUGCACCAUUUCUGGCCUUUUCUUUCCAGUAAAGCCUUUAGUAGGUAGCUCUCUCUGUCUCUCUCUCUGUCUCUCUCUCUCUCUUUUCCCAUCCCUUAGUCUUAGCACUAACAGAGAUUGAUCUUUUUGUGUAGUUCAGUUCUGCUUUGGCUUAACGAUCUCCUUGGAUUAAACAAAAGUUCCAGGGAAGUUGUUCGAUUUGUCUGAUUUUCGUAGUUUGGAAGAUUCCUUUGCCUUCAUCUUUUCAGUCUUUGAGCAGUUGAAAGUGAUUGCAGCAAGAUUCUUUGACGUGAACAGAAACAGUUGAAACGGGUCCGUGAAUUUGACCGAAUGAAGUUAUUCUAACUGUGUUUGAAUUUCAUGGCAUGGCCAGUGUUUAUCUCUCUCAGACUGUCGAUUGGACUGUAUGAGUUUUCUGUCCGAACUGUCUCUUAAGGGGUUAUGAUUGAGGGAAGUCUCUUGAUGCUUUAUUUGUCAAAAUUCAAUUUUAAGGUCUAAGCAACUUUGGAAACUGAAGAUCGUUUCCCCUUUGUUUCUGAUUGGUUCUUCUAUCUCCGUGAAGAUUUAUGGAGGGUUUUCCCAUAAAUCCUGGCCUGACGCUAAGAAAAAUAAUGAAAACUCCUUACAUUUUCCUUUUUACGCAGACAGAAAGAGCAGAAAAGAUGCCGUAUAACAUUUAGGGCCCAUUUAUACUGAAGUUUGGGCCAUUGUAUUUUGCUUUAAGAAAUGAAUAUUGGGUAAGUCUAAAUACCGAAUUUGCUGUAGUCCACUCUAAUGAUUAAAACACAGGCAUAGAAUUCUGGUCAGGUUUACUUUUGGCAUCUCCCUACCAUAUUCUCAGCACCCUUUCUCCUGACCCUGCUAACAGGUGAGUAUUAAGAGUACCUGGAAGUAUUGUUACUGCUAGUCUUCCUGCAUUUCAGAUCAGCUACAAGAGGAAAUGGCUUUUCUGUGACUCAGGAAUUUGCUGCUUUUUAUUUCCCGACAUCUCUGAAAUGGAUAAUCUUUUUAGGCAGUUGUAUUUUUAAAGAUCCGGGUAAGGCUACUUCUUUCGCCUAUCAAAGUGGAAGGAUGUUGGGAAUUUUGUUACAAAUCUGAUUAAGCAAAGGCCAUUCCCAGUGAGAUGAGAGCACAGUGAGAACCGUAUAAAAUAGCCCAAGUUUGCUCAGAUGCGCUCUGCCAGAGAUGCACAUAGACUCAUCAACAGAAAACAAUCCUUUGAUGCCAAUUUUCAGAAUUUAAAAUGAAAGCUCAGAUUCAGAACGAGAGCUUAAUGCAGAAAUUUUUAAGCCUCAAGUUCUUGAAUGUAAAAUAUCCCCCUUCAUCGAAAAUAAAACACAUUGCAGUUUCUCCCAGUUUUGCUCAGCUUGAGUGGCAAAUAAAAUUUAGCUAUAUAAUCAAAGUCAUUUUUCUGUUCCCGGUUCAAUGGAUUUGAACAAGGAAAUAUGGUGUCCGGGGAAAUGGGCCAAUUCUGCAUGAAGGGGAAGAAAGGUAAAUUUCCUUUUGAAAUAAUCCCUCCCAUCAAAUUGAGAUGGGCCAUUACAAACUGGGAGGGAUAUGUCUAAUCUCCCUGGAGGCCUUUCUCUAGCUGGCCCUUUGGAGUUUAGGGUUCAUAUGGGGGAGGUGGCAAGGGACAGCUGUCCCUAUGACAAGUAUGUGAAAAACACCAUGUGGUCUGAACCCAAGAACAGGAGCCAGGAAAUCCAGACUCUAAUCCUGGCUCUGCCAUAUUCACCCACGUCCACUGCUCGAUGCCUGCCGUUUUCUUGCCUUUAUAUGGAAUUGGUGAUUUGUCUUCUGGUAAGGAAGAAGUAACAUGGUGUGGCAUCCUGUGAGGGGGUUAAAGUCAGGCAGGAGAGUUUGAAAGUGUUAGCGUCAAUUAAUCGGCCGAGAAGUCCAGGGCUCACCUUUUCCUUCUUGGUUCCGGUGUUUUGUGGAAAGCAGGUUACCUGGUGACCCGGGCUCAGGACCUCAUCAUGUAGCAUAGCCCUUUGUGAGGAGUCAGGUGUGAACGUGCUGGGCUGUUGUGUGUAACCACGGGACUUGUCUGCUGUCCACUCAGUUCAGACCCCUCUGGGAGUUUGCUCUGAGCCAUCUGGGUUGUAAUCGCUUGUGGCAAUCUGUGCUGUCUGCCUCGUUAACACCAGCUUGAGGAUAUUGCCAUUCUUCAGUUCUGUUCCUUGCUUCCUUAGCGCCAAACUAAUUGGCAAAGGAGACAGACCGAGAGACCUGAUUAACAUGGCUGCCCAUGUGGCCAGUGCCAAGCUUCAUUUUCUUGUACUGUUUGAUGACUCCCAAGGAAGUCCGCGUCUAAAAGGCAGCCUACAGUUAGCCUACGUUUUCUGGCCCUUCUGUUCUUAAUGCCGUCGUUUCUUGGUCUCCUUGAGGGAUGGUGUAGUCCUCAUUUCAAAAUAAAAAGACAUAUUUAGCCCUCAGAACUCAGGUCCGUCCACUGCUCUGUCUUCUGCAGCAGAACAGAUGGAUUGGGGUCGGCCAUUUGGGUGUGGAAAACACUACAACAGGGCCCCCACCACAUCUAAUAGGCAUUGCGAACUUCGGGAGUACGCUUCGUUGGUUCAGGAAAUGCCUCUGCCUUCCUCAAACUUCUAAUCUGACUCAGUCAAAGAAUCUUGAAAAAGCCACACCAAUUUCCCUAUAGGGGGGUAUCAUUAUUUUACAAUGCCAUGAUGGUCCAGACCAGGCCACAUCAGCUGCCCGGCCAGCCACUCCCGUAGUUAGCCUGUCCUCUAGUCAUCUUCUUGUUGCUCUGAUGAUCCGUUUAUUUCGAAGGCUGGGGAGGGAGGGUGUGUGACCGAGUCUAGGUUCCCUGUUUUUUGUUUUAAAAGCAUUGUUCAGCAGAAGGUGACAUCUGGGCUCUUGCAUUCUAGAAACUCAGCGGGAAGUUGUCAUCUGUGGGUGUGUGGGGUGGCUGAAAAAUCACCAGUCUACAGAUAGUUAUUUUGUAGAUCAGGUAUGGGUGUGUUGACUGACCCAGGGGAAGGACCAUACAGUCUGGAACUUCAGAUAAUACAGGUGAAAUUGCACAAGCAGCAUCUCGUGGCCACUGUCAGUAAAGCCAGAAUGUGCCAAAAUGAUUAAUGGUCUCUGUCCAGACAGUAAGAUGGGCAUUGUCAUCAGGAAGUUUUGCUUGUCGUCCCUUGGGGUGGUAUAGCUUUUCUCUGAGAGGUCAGGAGGUUCACCCCCUGGACUCCCUCUUUUCGGUCAGAUGGGUAUUCUGCAUGAAGUUGAAACAGACCUCUUGUCAGUGGUGAUGAUAACAUGUUUUUGGACCAGAGUGUCCCCUGAUCAAUAAAUUCAGCCCCUGUGGCACUCUUUGAGCCGGGAUCUGGUUUCAGGUGCCAGUGAGAUGCCGUCAACAUUUGGAAAGUCUCCCGGUUUUUAAGGGAAAGACUUGGAUGUUGGAGACUUUUAAACGCACAGUAUUUUUCGGUCAUGUUGAGUACCCAACUCUUACUGCCCCAUUGUGUUGCUUCGUCUUGAUAUCCCUCCCCGGUGUCACAAGCCUGUUCAGAAGGCAGUGUAUAGUAGAACCCUGAGGGCCUCAGCUCGGGAAGCCGGAGAAGGAAAGCUGGGGGUGGACAACGUGCGUAUCCUAGGCUGGGUUCUUGGCUUUGGCAGAGGCAUAACUUGGGUACAAUAUUAGGAGCAGAGAGGCAAAUUCUGGUCUUCCCCCUUCUUCCCGGAUUCUUGGUUAGAGCUUCUAAUGCUUUCAGAUGGUUGUAGAUCCCCUGGACACAGGAGGAAAGGAGAAUCUGACCCAAUCAGAAAGACGCCGCUACAGCCGGCCAAUUCCCUCUCUCCAACGUCAACCUUGGUUCUUUGUCGUUGUCUUCCUGUAGCAGGAGAGACCUGCCAUUUCUGGGAGCUGUGCGGGGCGUGAAAGACAGCUGCUGUCUGGGUGGGGGCCCUCCAGCUCCUCACACUUUAGCAAACCCAGGCUGUUUUGUUCAUUAUCCAGCAGUUCCCUCCACCCCAUCUCCCGGUGCAGCUAAAAAUUAGAAUUAACUGGGCCAGCGCCAAACUGGUGGUGUCAUAGAACCAUUCUUACUGAAGUUCAUGUGUCUAACUUGUAUACUUCUAAGCACUGGCUGUUCCCAUCUAAAGGAGGGUUUUGCGAUCAUUUCACUCACUUGAUACUGCAAUCCUGGAUUCCAGGCAGCACUCGCAUCUUGGACACCGAAAUCCCCAGGGAGCUGCAGGGUUCGGGAUGACGUACGUGAAUAAUUCUAUUUCCUGGGCACCGUCGAAAGCUUCAGAGAUGUGCCGUCUCAUUCUCAGAGCUUUCCAAAGGUCCCGGCUGAUCCCAGCGUGACACAGAGGUUUUAGGGAGUGGCCCAGCUGCCUUUGGUGAGGCUACUCCUCCAGUCCUUCUCUGCCUUGGUUCCCAUCACUCUAGUUGUGGAGGCUUUUGGUUUUCUCCAGGUUCGGGGAGCCGGGGGCCUCCCUCUGCUCUGACAUUUCUCUCCUCCCCAGUGUUAGUGAGUCCUACCCCGGGGGAGCUUUUCGGGGCCUCUGGGGGAGCAAUCCGAUUCCAGGGAACAGGGCAAAGACCCCAGCCACAGGGGGAAGCUUCAAAGCAAUACCUGUGGCCUCUUUUUAAAAUCUCUGAGACGUCAAAAUGCUUCCCCCUGCUGCUGUGCUCUUUCCUCAGCUUGGGCUUUCAAGGCCGAUCCACCAACUCCUUGGGGCCCUGUCCCCUCCUUGUUCCUGGCCCCAUCCCUAGAGAUUACCCAAUGCUCUAGCAUCCUCCCUGCCCAAAUCUGGAUUUUUCGGAGGCAUCCAGUCUCCCACGUAAUUGGUGGCUGCCAGUGGGGUGGCAUUUGAGCUGUCGAUCUCCACUGUACUUUUUAUAGGGGAGGCGAGCGGGGCCAGUGAUUCUAGGAUCAUGGAAGUCGUUCAUCGUGUCUGGAGUGUGUGGAUGGUAUGAUGUCCCCAAGUGGCACUUUCAUCCCUUCUUUGAUUAGACAUACAAUGCUCUACCAUUGUCACUGGUGUCUAGAAGGAGAUCAUACCCAGGGCCUCUUCAUCAAUCUUCCUGAAUCAGUCCUUGCUGCACAAGAGACAGGAGUGAGUUCUGUGCCGUGGUGCUCCGCAAACCACUACCAUCCUUCUUAAUAACUUUCCUCUCUUCCCCCCGCCGCCUCCUCCUCUGUUUCCCAACCUCAGAUUCUUUGCCUUCUGCAACUGUACUAGCCUUUGGUGCUUUGGGUCUUGGGCCUACAAAGCCCUCAGCACUACGGAACAUCGGAGUGCAACUGGGAUUUUCAAACCUGCUAGGAAUUUAGUUUUCACAAGGUUAGAUGUAGAAGCUUAGCAUUUAGGGAGAGGCAAGCUGCACGAUAGAGCCAAAACACUCAUGUCGGUUGAAGUCAGCACUGCUUUCUCCGUUUCAGACAUUCACGUUGAUGAUCGAAAAAUCUUCCGGGAUUGAGGGUGACAGGGGAAGGGGGGACCUCAAAACCUCACAUCUUUGUUGUAUCUCUCGUGUGGGAAUGAGUCCCUGAGGGUGGCAUAAAGGGUAUUGCCCUGACCCUCUCCCUCCCUGCCACUGGCCCACGGGAUACCAGCCAGGAGCUCUAAAGCAUCAUGGACGGGGUCAUGGGGAGUGUGUGGGGAGAUGUAGGAUGCUGAGUCCUCUUCUGGUCUGUACAGUCCGUGCUGCGAUGUCCCCCUCAGCUGUUCUGAGUCUCCCCUUUCUCCAGCCUGAGUGGAAUGUUAAUUCAGAUUUUUUUUUUUUCCUGAGCACAAAUUAUUUUCUGAUCCCAGGUUUGGUAAAUAUGUAAGCACUACUCUGUGAAUAAACGAAUGGGUGAUCUGACGAGCAAUUACCAAUGUAGAAUUAUGUUGUAUGUAAUGUAUAUAUGGAGAAAGAAUGUAUUUUGUUCAUUUUUUCUUAAUAAAAAGUUAUAUAUGGGAA